AUGCCGCGCAUGGCGAGCGCCGAGUCGAGCUUCAACGAGGGGUGGACGUUUGUGUGGAAGGGCUUCCUCACCACGCUCGGCACCUCCAUCCUCCAGCCGCUGCGCACGCUGCGUGAGAAGCCGACGCCCAACUACGACGUCAACGUGACGCCCGUGCCGGCCGCGGUCUCGAAGCGCACGCUGUGGUUGUCGGUGCUGCCCUCGCUGCUCGUGCUCCUCUACCCGCUGCUCGUGUGGCUCCCGCAGGCUCCGCUGCUCGGGCUGUGGCUGCUCGUGUGGCCGUGGGUCGGGAUGAGCCUCAUCUUCACGACGAUGACGCAGGUGAGCCACGUGCAGCAGAGCUGCCAACCCACGCAGGCCCAGAGCGGCUGCUGGACUGCGCGGCAAAUCCACGCGUCGCUCGAUUACUCGCUCGGCGCGGCGACGCCCAUGCCGGAGCAGCAGCUCGUCACCGCGCUCGCCGCCGGCCUCAACGCGCAGUCGCUCCACCACGCGAUGCCCACGCUGAGUUGCGCGCACUUCCCGCGCGUGUACGCAGAGUACCGCCAGAUCUGUGAGCGGCACGGCGUCACCAUCCGCCACUCGGAGAACGUCGGCACGGCGGUGCGCGAGAUGCUCGAGUACGUCUUCGAGAACAAUCGGCCGGUGGGCGGGGCCUGA